UGGGCUGGGCUGAGCUGGGCUGGGCUGGGCGGGGCUGGAGAACAACAGUGCUGGAGACACCAGCGCUGCCGGCGAGGGCAGAGGGCCGGCCCAAGGCCCAGGGCGCUGGCGCUGGCCAGAGCCAGACCCAGAGGUAAAGGGGAGGGAGCCGUGCCUGGGGUGGGGACUGUCAGGCGAGGAGGUGACCCCGGUGAUACUGACUCCUGGUCCCACAGCUGCCCUUUCCUGGGCCGGGUCAUGCGCUGCCCCAAGUGCCUUCUCUGCCUGUCAGCACUGCUCACACUCUUGGGCCUCAAAGUGUACAUCGAGUGGACGUCUGAGCCCCGGCUGGGUAAGGCUUACCCGGGACCCCGCAGCACCCCACCAGGCCCCACGCCAGCCAGCCCUGAGCCCACCCUGCCGGCUAACCUCUCGGCCCGUCUGGGCCAGACUGACCCGCUGCCCUCGGCCUACUGGAACCAGCAGCAGUGGCGGUUGGGGACCCUGCCCAGUGGGGACAGCACUGAGGUGGGGGGCUGCCGCGCUUGGGGAGCUGCCGCUGCGGCCGAGAUCCCCGACUUCGCCUCCUACCCCGAGGACCUCCGCCACUUCCUGCUGUCGGCAGCCUGCCGGAGCUUCCCACGGUGGCUGCCCAGGGGUGGCGGUGGCCAGGUGGCCAGCUGCGAGGACCCCGACGUCCCCUACCUGCUGUUGGCCGUCAAGUCGGAACCAGGGCGCUUUGCAGAACGACAGGCCGUGAGGGAGACGUGGGGCAGGCCGGCUCCCGGGGUCCGGCUGCUCUUCCUGCUGGGGUCCCCGGCGGGCGAGGGGAGGCCUGACCUAGGCUCCCUGGUGGCUUGGGAGAGCCGCCGCUACAGCGACCUGCUGCUCUGGGACUUCCUUGACGCCCCCUUCAACCAGACGCUCAAGGACCUCCUGCUGCUGGCCUGGCUGGGCCGCCACUGCCCCAGCGUGAGCUUCAUCCUGCAAGCCCUGGACGACGCCUUCGUGCGCGUCCCCGCCCUUCUGGACCACCUGCGGGCCCUGCCGCCCAGCACGGCCCGUGGCCUCUACCUGGGUGAGGUCUUCACCCAGGCCAAGCCCCUCCGGAAGCCUGGAGGACCCUUCUACGUGCCUGGGUCCUUCUUUGAAGGCGGCUACCCAGCCUACGCAAGUGGGGGCGGCUACAUCAUCGCGGGGCGCUUGGCACCCUGGCUGCUGCAGGCGGCGGCCCGCGUGGCCCCCUUCCCCUUCGAUGAUGUCUACACCGGCCUGUGCUUCCAAGCCCUGGGCCUGGCCCCCAGGACCCACAAAGGCUUCCUCACGGCCUGGCCGGCAGGCCGCACUGCUGACCCCUGUGCUUUCCGUGACCUGCUGCUGGUGCGGCCCCUCAGCCCCCAGGACAGCGUCCGGCUCUGGAAACAGCUGCGGGACCCUCAGCUCCAGUGCUGAGACUCGGAGGUGGGGCGGGGCGGGGAGGGCAGACCUGGCCUGGGCCUUGGCGCCAGCCCCUUGCUCAGCCUCUCUUUCUAGGCCUCGGUGCGAGGAAGGAGGUCCUGGAAUGGAGGCUGCCUGAGCCCUCCCUGGGCCUCCCCAAGAGGCGACAGACUGUUUCCGUCUUUCAGUUUCUGAGGCCUGGAGUCGUCGUCUCUGUCUAUGGGGCCUUGAGGCAGUUUACGGAGCAAAGCUCAGCUGCACCCUGACCUUCACACCAGACGCUCUCCCCACCCUUACUGGGCAAGGCCGGCUCCGAUGGCCUCUCGGUCACCUUGCUGGACACCAGCUUUGACCCGUUCUAUGGGAGACAAGAGGCCAUCUCUGGAGGACCCCACCCCCAUCCUGUUUGCUGAAGC